AUGACAAUUAGUCUUGCGCUUGGUGUGAUCAUUGCGGUUGGAAUCUUGCUAAGUAUUCAAUUAAGAAAUAUAAUUAGAAAUCGAACUGGCAUUGAAAAUUUGGUAUUGCAAAGAGCAACUGAACAUAGUCAUAGAACACAAAAGAAAGUCAUUUAUCCAUGUGAUCUUGGUUUCAAAAGUGAUAAAGAUGAAAAUAUCAGAUGGUCAGAUCAGCGUACACAAGAUCAUGAAUUAACAGAAUUAUUUAAACCAUUUGGAAAAAUACUUGAAGCAUCUGUUAUUAAAGAUUAUGGCUUCGUGCAUUAUGGAAGUAUCGAAGAAGCAGAAAAAGCCGCUUUUGCACUGAAUAAUAAGGAAUAUAAAGGAAAAAAAAUUAGGGUUGAAUUAUCUACCAGCACCGUAAGACAUCGCCCGGGCGAACCAACGCCUACGAGUGGUCUAAGGCAAGGAGGACGAUCGAAUCGAGGUGGCGGCGGCGGUAAUGGACGUUUUGGAGGAGGGGGACCGAUGCGUGGACACGAUUCUCGACAAUAUGGAGGUGGUAAUAACGGUUACAAUCAGUCCUACGAUAGAUCGAGACCCUAUCCGGAUCAAGGAAGAUUUAAUCAACGUGAUAAUGGUAAUAGCAAUAGUAAUUUUGCAGCAUUCAAUGUUCCACAGAAUCGAGGUGGUGGAGGUAGUUACAAUAACCAUAAUUUAAACAAUUUUAAUAAUAGUCAAGGUGAUUACAGAGGUUAUGGACAGAAUCAACAACGGACAGAUAAUUUUGGUGGAAGAAAUAUGUAUGAUCGUGGAGGUCUUGGUCCUAAUUCGAAUGAUUCGUUUUAUAGCGGCAUGGGUGGAAAUACAGGCUCAAGUAUGUCGCAACAAAAUCUGCCACCUCAAACUUUCAAUUCACAAGGUUAUGAUCAAUCUUACGAUCGUUAUCAACAAUAUUAUCCAAAUAAGCCGCGUGAUUCUGAAUUUUCUAAUCAAUCUAAUCAACAACGCCAUUUGUUAAAUCAAGCUGAAUUGAGAAGUGCUACUUUGAUACAUGUUUUGUUUAGAAAUGAAUAUGAUUAUUAUUCAAACUAUCGAAGUGAUCCAUAUUCUCAACAGCAAUCCCAUACACCAUCCGCAGUUCCACCUUCAAUACUUACACAGCAACCACAACGGGGACCUCCUCAAAUGCUAGGUGGUGGACAACCAUCAGGACGUCCCGACUAUAUGCCGUAUGAUGCUUAUACGACGAAUAUGAGUUCUUACUAUGGUCAACAACAACAACGGACAUAA